AUGGGAAGGAUAAAGAAGAAGGGUGAGGCAGGAAAUGCUAAAAACUAUAUCACGAGAACACAAGCUGUGAAGAAGCUCCAGAUCAGUCUUCCGGAUUUUCGAAAGCUAUGCAUUUGGAAAGGAAUAUUCCCCCGAGAACCGAGAAAUAGGAAGAAGGCUUCCAAAAGUUCGACGGCUUCCACCACCUUCUACUAUGCUAAGGACAUCCAAUACCUUUUGCACGAACCUUUACUACAGAAGUUUAGAGAGCAGAAAGUGCUUGAGAAGAAGAUCUCAAGGGCGCUUGGCCGUGGCGAUGUCAACGAUGCAGGCCGACUCGAGCGCAAUGCUUCAAGGCCUGAGAAGACAGGCAAACCGCGAUAUACUCUCGACCAUGUCAUCCGAGAACGAUACCCGACUUUCGUUGAUGCGGUACGCGACCUUGACGACUGUCUCUCUAUGUUAUUCCUUUUUGCGAACCUCCCAUCUACAUCCACAGUUCCGGCUAAGAUGAUCGCGCGUUGUGAACGACUUUGCCUAGAAUUUGAACAUUACUUGAUCGUAUCGCAGAGCUUGCGCAAGUCUUUCUUAUCGAUCAAGGGUAUUUACUAUCAGGCGAAUAUCCAAGGCGAGGAUGUCCUAUGGCUUGUGCCGUACAAGUUCAACCAGAGAGUUGUAGGAGAUGUCGAUUUCAGGAUCAUGGGCACUUUUAUCGAAUUUUACAUGACCCUCUUAGGUUUUGUCAACUUCCGGUUAUACACUUCAGUUGGCUUGAAAUACCCGCCCAAGUUUGACCAGACCAAAGAUGAUGCAGCUGGUGAACUUGGCGCUUUCCAGCUCGAAGGAAAUCUUGCAACAGCCGUAUCAAACGAAGCUCCGGCGCAGCUGACGAACGGUGACGCAGAGACCGGACCGGACCCUAAGACCCAGGCCGAAGUAAACAAGCUUAUUAAAGAAAUGCGACAAGUAGACGUCGAUGGAGAUCGAGUUGAGAUUGACGCUGAUAAAGAUGAGGCUAUGGCAAAUGCGAUUGACAAGUUCGAGCCAGCCGCACCGGGAGGUGAUAUUCUACCCCAGCCAAGCCACUCAGGAAGCGAACCCGAGUCGCUUUUUGCGAACUGUACGUUCUACUUAUCUCGAGAAACACCAAGACAGUCUCUGGAACUCAUACUUCGUGCGUUUGGUUGCAAGCGUGUUGGCUGGGAUGCCGUCCUGGGCGAGGGCGCAUACACAACCAACGAACGGGACCCAUCUAUCACACAUCAAAUAGUCGACCGUCCAGUCAUACAAGCUGUUACGGAAGAGGAUGGCGAUGGCGAGGACAACCAGACGGCACAGAAGCUUGCAUCAAACCAAAGGAUGCCUGGCCGAAUUUACGUCCAACCACAAUGGGUUUGGGAUAGUAUCAACGAUGGGGAAUUGAAACGACCAGACCUCUACGCCCCCGGAGCUCAAUUACCACCUCAUUUGAGUCCAUUUGUACAGAAUACUCAAGGAGCUUAUGAUCCGACAAUACCGCUAGAAGAGCAACAGACCGAAGGCGAGGCAUUGGAGGAUAGCGAGGAAGAGAUAGAUGAAGAUGAAGAUGAGGAAGUAGAUGCUGAAGAAAAUGAUGGUAGCCUUGCGGUUAAGAAAAUACAAAGCGCGGCUGAUAGCAUGGAUAUUGCUCAAUCAGAUGAUGAGGAGGAUGAAGAUGGUGAUAAGGAAUCUUUUGGUGGAUUCUCGGACGAGGAGAAGGCAGCGAAUGAGUCAGAAGACGAUGAGCAAGCUGCCGAAUUGCAGUACCAGCGGGAGCUCGAAGCUGAAUUAACGGGCAAGCCGAUCAAACAAACCCCUGCAAACGCUCAGUCUAAGGCUAAGGUGGAAGCGAGAAAGCGACUUGCGAAGCAAGCCAAGGAAGAGGCGGAAGAGCUCGAGAGGGCGAAGGGAAUGCUUAGCAAGAAGAAGAGAAAGCUGUUUGAGCAAAUGCAGUACACUAACAAUAAGAAGAGCGCAGAAGACCAAAAGCUUAGGGAGAAAAGGAGAAAACUGGAAAAGCAGAAGGCAAAGGAAAAGGCGUAG